AUGCUGGCAGCUGGUAAACUCAGCCAACUAGAUGGAGAUGGAAGGAGAAUCGAGUUGAGGCUCCAGUCUACACAACGGCGAGUCAUUCAGCRCUUUCAAGCUCUGAUGGACCAUAUCAAUCCAGUGCUACAGCAAUCAAAAUUGAUCCCCGCACCCGAUGAGCCUGUGGAGCAGCAAAUGGACGCGGAGCUUAGACACAGAUAUCGUCUUGCGUUUGGUGACGACACAUUGAGCGACGCCCCCGUAGCAGAAGAAGAGCCUGAACACGAGAGACUUGAACUAGUGGAGAGGCGUCCUACCAGUCCUGCCUCGGUUGAAGAUGACGACUCAGUGAUUCCUAAGCAGUUGAGUGGCGAGAGAUUGGCCAAAGCGCGGGCGAGGUGGGCGUUCUGGGACUUCCAAGACCGAGAAGAACAGCGCAAAAGAGCCCAGGAAGACUUCAACACCAAGGAAGCGGUGCUGGACUCCGGAGCUCGGCUGAUGCAGCAACGUAUAGCGGAUGGGAGAUCAGGACCUGCUGACAUGCUCAAAUUUGAGCUCGUCAGCUAUUUGAUUGGACAGAAGGUAACUCGAAAUCUCAUAGAGGCAGAAGAGCGAUGCCGGUCUAUCAAGGCAGAAGGCCAGGAGGUCGGAGCGGACUUUCGCGAUGACGACAUGUCUUCCAUGUUUCCAGAUGUGAGCGCGGACGAUCCCGAGGAGGAGGUCGAGCACGAGCAGAGAUUAUCAGGCCAGCGACCAUCCAGUGGUGCCAGGACUUACCGGAUCUGGUGGAUACACUGA